AUUUCCUGUUUGUUGUUGGAGAAAGGAGAGAAAGGAAAGCGCGAGGAGCCGCCGCCACCACCAGCGCAGCAGUCCUGGGGCUGUGAGGAGAUUCGGGCCGUCAUCCUGCCUCCCCUGCGUCCCGCCACCGGCCGCUUCCGUCCUCGGACCCAUUCCAACAAUCUGGUAAAACAUGGUGGAUUACUAUGAAGUUCUAGGCGUGCAGAGACAUGCCUCACCCGAGGAUAUUAAAAAGGCAUAUCGGAAACUGGCACUGAAGUGGCAUCCAGAUAAAAAUCCUGAGAAUAAAGAAGAAGCAGAGAGAAAAUUCAAGCAAGUAGCAGAGGCAUAUGAAGUGCUGUCGGAUGCUAAGAAACGGGACAUCUAUGACAAAUAUGGCAAAGAAGGAUUAAAUGGUGGAGGAGGAGGUGGAAGUCAUUUUGACAGUCCAUUUGAAUUUGGCUUCACAUUCCGUAACCCAGAUGAUGUCUUCAGGGAAUUUUUUGGUGGAAGGGACCCAUUUUCAUUUGACUUCUUUGAAGACCCUUUUGAGGACUUCUUUGGGAAUCGAAGGGGUCCCCGAGGAAGCAGAAGCCGAGGGACGGGGUCGUUUUUCUCCGCGUUCAGUGGGUUUCCGUCUUUUGGAAGUGGAUUUUCUUCUUUUGAUACAGGAUUUACUUCUUUUGGGUCACUAGGUCACGGGGGCCUCACUUCAUUCUCUUCCACGUCAUUUGGUGGUAGUGGCAUGGGCAACUUCAAAUCGAUAUCAACUUCAACUAAAAUGGUUAAUGGCAGAAAAAUCACUACAAAGAGAAUUGUCGAGAACGGUCAAGAAAGAGUAGAAGUUGAAGAAGAUGGCCAGUUAAAGUCCUUAACAAUAAAUGGUGUGGCCGACGAGGAUGCCCUCGCUGAGGAGCGCAUGCGGAGAGGCCAGAACGCCCUGCCAGCCCAGCCUGCCGGCCUCCGCCCGCCGAAGCCGCCCCGGCCUGCCUCGCUGCUGAGACACGCGCCUCACUGUCUCUAUGAGGAGGAGGGCGAGCAGGAGCGACCUCGGGCACCCGGGCCCUGGGACCCCCUCGCGUCCGCAGCAGGUGUGCAAAGGGAGGCAGCCGUGGAGCAGGCGCAGAGUGAGACUUCUCUGGGUGCCAGAGGACAGCGAGGACACAAACCGCGCCUGUGCUGCUGUGUUCUGACCUGAGCGGGCGUGGGCGGUCGGGCGGGGCGGGAGGAGGUAGCUUCGCUCUGCUCCUCUCCCGCUCGCAGCGCCCCACGCCACGGUGGCUCCGGGCCCCCCACCGUUAAAACGGGGUCCGCGUGUCCUGUACACAGUGUGUUGCUCCGCAAAGGAUGACAGAGCUGCCACGGCAGUGCGAGGUGCUGCUUUUACCGUAGACGUGCCUUUUCGUAGCUUUCAGCGUAGAGCUUUGAGGCCUGUGGCAUAGGCCGGGUGGUCUCGUGCUGGUGGGGUCUGCAUUUGCCCCUGCCCCUCCGUCAGCUUCACCUUCUCGUGCCUUCUGCGCUGGGUGCAGAACAAAAGACCCCCUCAAGGCAAGCCUCCUUGUGAAGCGUAGUCUGCCCGCCCACCCCCCGUGGGGUUCUUGGCCGCCCGGCCUUCCUCCCAUCUGUUAGCGAGCCGGAUAGUCUCUGAAGUGAGUGCCCCGGAGAAGUUCUGGGUCACCCUGAGGACGUGCUGUGCAUGUAGGCUUGGCCCUGACUGCGUCCUAAAGCCCAGGGUCCGUGUAGUGUGAAUCGUGCGUCAGUUGGAAGUAUUUGUGCCUCUUCUGGUUCUUAUCACCGCACGCGGUGAGGUGACCCCAGCCGCUCAUGUCAUGCAGGAAGACAUGGAUGGUUGAUCCCUGGGUUUGGGGGACCGAAGCGGAUGUCGUGAGGUUACUUCUGUGGACUUGGGCCGAACAGCACUGUCUAAGCAGGACAUGAAAAGAAGGGGGAGCGUCUCUCCUUUUCCCUUCAUGGAACUUUCUAUUGAAAAAUUAGCCCCUUCCAGUCCUUCUUGGAUGAAGCACAGUUGCCGGUUACGCUUCCGAGGAGGACGGAAGGUGCACCCCCAGCCGUGAGAGCCUCAGGAUGUGCCGCCUGUGGGUGGGCACGGCAGCCCCUCCAGCCGGCCGCCCACCUGCCGUGCUGCGCUCACCUUUGCUGUGUGAGUCUGUGCUGUGUCACUGAGUGACAGACAGAGGCAGUUGCAGGCUGCAUGCACCUAGAAAGAACUCCCCCUGCACUGAGCGGGCAUGGGGGAGGCUCCCCAGGGUCCCUGCACUGAGUAGGGUGGGGAAGGCUCCCCAGGGUCCCUGCACUGAGUAGGGUGGGGGAGGCUCCCUACGGUUCCCUGCACUGAGCGGGCAUGGGGGAGGCUCCCCACGGUUCCCUACGCUGAGCGGGGUGGGGGAGGCUCCGCAGGAUCCCUGCACUGAGCAGGUGUAGGGGAGACUCCCCACGGUUCCCUGCACUGAGCAGGUGUGGGGGAGACUCCCCACGGUUCCCUGCACUGAGCGGGCAUGGGGAAGGUUCCCCACGGUUCCCUGCACUGAGCGGGCGUGGGGGAGGUUCCCCACGGUUCCCUGCACUGAGCAGGUGUGGGGAGGCUCCCCAGGAUCCUUGUACUGAGCGGGCGUGGGGGAGGUUCCCCACGGUUCCCUGCACUGAGCAGGUGUGGGGAGGCUCCCCAGGAUCCCUGUACUGAGCGGGCGUCGGGGAGGCUCCCCAGGGUCUGUUGUGCGCUCCUGUUACUGGAGGGUCUGAUGGCCGUAGGGAGGGUGCGCUGUUUGUCGAUGGGUCUUUGCAAGGUGCAGGAUAGAGCAGGGUCGUAGCUGUCGUGUCUCUGAACCACUGGGGUUGGGAGGCCACCGGAAGCCUGGCCUGCGAGGGGCCUUGUGAUUUCACAGGCCCCAAGAACGUGGUGUGCAGGUGCGGGCCGCCUGGGGGAGCCAUGUUUAAAGUGCGGUGAGGCUCCUGGAACAGCACCCACCGCAGGCCCGAGGCCACACCCGUAUAUCAGAACUGGGCCGAUCUUCUCCUCCCGGGCUGUCAGUGCCUGUGGCUAUGGCUGUGGGCGGGACUGAUACGGGCAGGCAGGCGCUGUUCUCCCCACGCCUCACGGCUUUGCCAGUUUGUAUCCUCGGCUUCCCUGCCAUACACCGUUUCUGAGGGGGGAAAACUGGUUGACUGCUGAAUCCCAGCACAAAUCCUUAGAGCAAAGAGGCCAGUGAUGGCUUUUGUUUCUGCCCGGAUCCUCUUUGUGGAUCUUCUGUCCUGCGGCUUUUCCUCUCAUUUGUUUCCUUUUUUUAAUGGCUUCAUGAGAUCUUGAAGAUACCAAAGUAACCAUCAAAGAUUUAAAGACGUGAUUUUUAUACAAAUAUAUAACGAACACGUCAGAGACUUUUACUUAAGUUCUUACUGAGAGAUGACAAAGCUGACUCAAAGGAUGAGUCAAGAAACCGCUGCAGAGUUGGAGACAGAACUGGAGUGAAAUUGCAAAGCAGGGUGGUUUUGGUCUCUGCAGAGGCCAUUUGCGACUCACUCACCAACUCCGGUGUCAGGGUGCUGGUGGGUGACAAGGAAGAGGUUGAGCAAGCCUCCGCCCCUGCAGGCUCGCUCAUUAUACAAUGAGCACCUGCACCACCAAAUCCGAACAACUGUACAUGCUUACAGAGAAGGGCACGUGCUAGUGUGGGAGUGACAAAGUCACACGGGUGCAGACCCCUUAGCUCCAGCCUGCUGGGUGUUCUGACGAGUGGACUUUGUAGCGAUAACACAGGCUCCUGAGUCAGGACACUGGUUUGCUGCAUUUCUGCGUCACUGAAGGUCCCGCUUUCCCCGAAGCCCCUUUCACAGAAAACCCAUGACUCUUGGCCAGGCCUCUGGGUGCCUGGAAGAUCCCACUAUCAUCUUUUUGUGGGAUUUGCAUGUCCUGGGCAAGGUUCCUGUAAAAGGAAUACAGUGAGGAGACCGGCCACCCGGCAGUAUUGAUGGCCCCCACUUUGGCCUCCAGCCGUCUGACCCGUCCCUGAAUCGAGCAGGUCCUGUCGGAGCUCCCAGGAGUCAGUGAGCUUCCACUCACAGGAUCACAGCCAGGUGUGCAGCCCCCAGGCCUGGGCGGUUCUAGGGCAUGAUUUUUUUUAGGCUGGAAAUGAGCUCUCACUUGAGAUGCACCCCUCAAAAUACUGAACGUACUGCUUCUGUGAGAAUUUCCCCUCCUUGUGUCUCGUGUGAUUGACAACGGGUGCAGCCAGUGGAAGCAGGAAUGUCGGCGAGCGCGGGGUGCAGGGGGUGCCCCUGUCACAGUCAGCGGAGCGGCGGGUCGGCGGGGAGCGCCUGUCCCUGCUGCGUGGUGUGGGGUUCCCGUGGCUGGCAUUUGCCGCUGUGUGGAGUCCUCAAACCCAGCGCUCGCCCUGCCUUCGUUCAGAGGACAGAGGCACCACCGGGAACCCACCGGAUCCUCACUCAGGCUUUGGAAAGGCCGAGUGAUGUUUUGUGUUUGUGAAUUCCACACAUACUGUAGGAGUAUCAAGAACACGUAACUGUUAAAAAAGGAAAAGUAAAAUUACUGAACAGGAAAGAAAGGAUAAAGCAGGUCCUUUGUUUUUUUGGCUGAGGAAAGCAGCCUGCCCUGGAACGCUGUAGAACGUCUCCCUUUUUGCAAAGCACAGCAUGGAGCUCUCGGAACUGAAGAUGGGAAUCUAACCCUGCCCUCAGCUUUCAACAGCUCGAAGUUUGUCUUUUUAAUGAAACUAAUUUGUGUAUUUAUACUUAAGGGUUUUCAACGUUUCCAGAAGUCGUUUUCUAUCAGGACAAGUUUUUAAGUAGUCACUGGUGGGAGAGUGUGCCUCUGUGGACUGUGCCCAAGGCUGGCGGUCCCACGAAGUCCCAGAGCCCGUGAGCCAGUGCCCAAGGCCAUGUCUGUGAUUUGCAGGAGGUUCAGGUGACAGGAAGGCCUGCUCUGUUUUUCUCACUUUGAUUUUGGACUUUUUUUUUUUUUUUUUUUGAGACAGUCUCGCUCUGUCGCCCAGGCUGGAGUGCAGUGGCGUGAUCUCGGCUCACUGCAACCUCUGCCUCAAGGGUUCCAGCGAUUUUCCUGCCUCACCUCCCCAGUGGCCGGAACUACAGGCGCUUGCCACCACGUCUGGCUCAUUUUUGUAUUGUUAGUAGAGAUGUGGUUUCUCCAUGUUGGACUGGCUGGUCUCGAACUCCUGACCUCAGGUCAUCCCCCCGCUUCAGCCUCCCAAAGUGCUGGGAUUACAGGCGUGAGCCACCGCGCCCGGCAAUAGUGGAGGCUUGAAGAACACCGGAAAGUGGUUUCCUUGUACCGGACCCGCCCCUCCCCCACCAUCCCGGCAGCCCCAGGGCGGGUGAGGGCGACUGCAGUGUGGUCACCUCAGGCUUUCCGUCCCUAACUCAUAAAGGCCCAGUGGCAGCAGUUGCUUUAAAGGAGCUCCGUUACUCCCUUUGUUCUGGGGUCUUGGUAAAGUUUGCUUUGCUGAAGCGGAGGAACCGCAGGCGGUGCUGACCCCCCCCACCCCGCCCCCAUCCCACGGGGUCCCUUGGGUCCCGGGGCACGAGGCUCCUCUGAGGGACACGGCCUCCAAGAGCUGGCUCUGCCCUGGCCGCGCUCCAUAGUCAGGGCGGCUCCCCGCAUGCUCCUCGGGACGGGGAUCUCCUGGCUUCUUCCCGCUUCCUUUCCUCUGCGUUUUCCGCAGAGCCGCCUCCCUGCUUUGGAAGCAGGUACUCAGCGGCCUCUGCAGCCACCAACGGCACACAGGCCUCUCCCUGUUCUUUCUUUCUUUUGGUAACCAUAGCUUGAGGCACAUUUCCUAAAUAUGCAGCAUGGAACGCCUGGCGGUUCACAGAAGGCGCAUCUCGUGCUGCUCCUGUAGGGCGGUUAGGACGUGCUCCGCUGGCGAGGAAGGUGGCAGCCUCCACUGUGCACGGGUCACAGGCGAGUGUGGUGUGGUGUGGUUGUGGGUGGGGUGUGGACUGGAUCUGCAGGCUUGUCCCUCUCUCGUGGAGAGCUGUCGGGGUCCAGGCAGUGCUCAGUGGUGAGAGCCACAGCACAUUUGAAAGUCCACAUGUGUUUGCCCCACUGUGGUCCAGGACAUGUGUGAGCCACACUCAGUGGACUUGGACCUGUGACAUGUUGGUCAGCGUGGCGGCCGUCAGCUGGGCGUGGAAUGCAUCUGAUUGGAGCCUGGCACCCGGCCUACCAUGAUUGUGAUUCUCUGGGGCGAGUCCUGAGUGUGGGCAGGGCCUCAGGCCCCCGAGAGGGCUGUGAGCAGGCACCUUCCUGUGAGGCACGAUGCCACCAUGUGAAGUUGUGUGGCUCUUUGGAGAGUUCUGGCAGGUUGAGGGCCUGUGCGUGUGGGACCCAGGCCUGCCCUGCCUGCUGCCGGCCAUGUUCCCUCUGCCCAGUCAUGUUGACAAUUGUGGCCAAAUUCAACAUCAGGCCUCUUUCCUGCACCCACGUUGGCACACACUGAGUUCAAGACAGUUUCUGCAGAAAUGAAUCCAGAGGUGUUUAUUUCUGGCACGUUGGAUCAGAUGUUCGGAGGGUGGGCGUCUUUCUCCGUGCACUUCAGCUGGAUCAGUCAGUGUCAGCCAUUGACUUUAGCAACAGGGAAAUGAAAGACUUUCCUCAAUAAGAAAUGGGACUUUCUCACGCUGGAUGGCACAGAGCUGGCAAACGUGAGGCCAGUCCACACCAAGGCUUUGCCUGCAGAAAGGCUGCACUGUGGCCAGCGGGGGAAGCGGAGGAGACACCUGUGGACACCCUCCCCACAGGUGGGCACACCUUUGGGCAGGCCCAGUGUGCGUUCUGAAGGAGAGCCCGGGGGGGGUUCCGGGACUGAGGUGCAGCCGUGCCCAGGGUGGGCUUCUAGCUCUGCCGCUGGGUGGAACUCGGGUAGGUGGGAGUCCUCACUUCUCUGCAGGGUGGUGAAGCUCUGGGUAGUGUGAGCAGUUCUCAACGUGCACCUUGGAAAGUCAGCGCCCAUUUUGAGGUUUAGGUGUGGCCAAGAUAGACGACUUCAUUUUGUUGCUUUUUGUUCUUAACAUGGGGAGAUAUUUAGAAAACAUGUUUGGCUCUUGCUGGGGAAGCAGUGCUGUUCCGUACAGUGUUUUACAAGCCGUGUUUCCUU